ACAAUGCAGAAAAAUACAGGAAAGGAAUGAUGUCCGGACCGGAAGCGUGUGAUUGUGAUUAUGGCUUCUUUGCAAAUCAUAUCCCAGGAUCAUUAAACCAAUGUAAAAUGGAUUAUUCAUGUAAUGCAAAUCAGCAUACUGCUGAUGAGGUGUCGAAUUGGAAUAUAGAAAACUUCAAACUGUCAAGUUUACAUUAUUCGGACAAUCAUCCGGAGCCACUAUUUCCUAGGUACGAAGACGAAGUACAAUUUACAGGAUUUCAAAUCAACUCAGAUUCAUUGCGUUCAGCAUCCAUAAGUACAGAACAUUUACAUCAAGAUCUUUCCGGUAAAAGUUCAUUUUGCCCAAAACACAUUGUUUCAACUAAUUCCUUAGACGCCUUCAAUUCAUGUCUAAACACUUAUUGUCUUUGUUCAUUCGCAAAUGUUCAACAUCAAAUCCAAGACAUUUCUGAUUGUACCAAAUGCAAGAAGUUUCAAACUUAUCAUCACGACCGUAUGCGUCCCUCACCUAGGAAACUGAAGUCCAUCAAUUCAAAUGCUUACCCAUUUAUUAUUUCGAAUCGCUCUGCCGUUCAUAAUUGUGGUUUGAUUGAUCACGAUGUGUACGGUAAUCCUGAUACAUCUACUGAAACUAAAAAUCAGUUAAAAUACAUGUUGCCCUACCAGGAGGAGCUACCCAACAUAUCUUGCGAAUCGGGAGAUGUAGCUGCUAAAGAAAUCGAACGUAUUGAACGUCAUUAUGGUGGUCGUUUGAGAACACAACGUGCGGCAAAAAUCAUCCAGAAUGCAUAUCGAGACUAUCGUUUACGAGUUGAGUACUCUCGACUGAGAUUAGAAAAAGGUGUCAACCGUGUCGCAGAAACAAAAAACGUAGAGGUUAUUGUGCAAGACAGUGAUAAUUCCAAACAUAUUUCAACACAAGUCACUACUGAUAAUAGUUGUAUGAGAUCUGGACCGUUAGAUGAUGUAAACGACUUGGUUAUUGAUCGGGCAUACAUAGACUGGUCAUUAGAAGCCUCUGUGAAUCAAAUUGAAUCACAUAACUCAACGUUCGAUGGCAAGUUUUCAGGUAAUGAAAAGGAUUUUAAUUUCCAUUCUCAGUCGCUAAAAUCUCAUGCAAAUUCUCAACCCAGUGGGCCACUAUCUCCUUCCAUGCCUCCUGAAGCUUCUAAAAUUAUGAGCAACAAGUAUCUUUCCCCCGAUAUUGUAGAGUCACAUAUACAUAAACAGGAUUUGAAGGUGAUCACAUCCGAUAUGCCACGUUCUGUUCCUAAUCCAUUGAUGCAGUUCGACAGUCAAAUCAUCCAGCCAUCCAGAGGAAAUCUUUGCAAUAAUUCAGUUAGACAAUCGAUACUAUUGAGCAAUCCUCAAGGGCAGUGGAACAGCCCUACAUCGCAUAAUAUAAGUUCGCACUUUAGGACUCAUGUAAGCAGUUCAUGUGGUCAUUGUUGCUAUUUGAAUCAUCACAGUGCGGAAAGUAUUCCAAAGUCGCAGGGGUUUUCACCUAGUGAAAGAGAUUCUUGUACACAUAAAUGUCUUCACUUUCAAAAAUAUUGCUUACCACCCAGAAUUCCAGGUCACCCAAGCAUUCACAACAGUUGCCCUUAUUGCGUAUGUGUCCCUAGCACCGUUAGUGCAAAUAAAUCCACUUUGGUUUGUAUACCUGCUCCUCUUAGUACUGUAGUUCCACCUUGUAGUGGUAACGGAUGUCCAGUAAUUUCUUAUCCUAUAGGAAAAGUGUGUAAAACACCUCCAGCUAGUAUUCCACCCUGUCCUCCUUUAAACAGUGGAUUACUGCAUUUGAAUUCGAGACACAUAAUGCCUACGGCUCCAACCGUUAUGUCUGCACCGCAAAUGGAAUCCCAUAAAGUAAAUAAGAAUGAAUCAUUCCAGCGACAGUAUCCAAAUCAUAUGUCUUGCCAAAAUCAAUGUGCUUAUAUUAAUGUCCCCACACAGUGCCGAUUACAUCUACAUCCUCCUUUUCUUCCAUAUGGUGUACCAAGUCAAACAAUUCAUCCUUCAGCCGUGACCUCCUUUCCCUUCAGAAAUCCAUGUGUUGUUCGGUUACCCAACGCCCAAGAAAAACGUAGAAAGCGAGCUUAUCGUGUUGGCUUAAAUAUAUUCAAUAAAUCGCCUGUGAAAGGGAUUGAAUUCCUAAUCAAAAAUGGCUUUAUUGAAAACUCCCCCCAGAUGAUUGCACGUUUCCUGCUUACCCGUAAAGGUUUAAGUCGAGUUGCAAUAGGUGAUUAUCUUGGUAAUACGAAGAAUGAAAUAGCCAAAUCGACGACAAGGCAGUUUAUUCGAGAAUUGGACUUUCGAAAUCAAGAAGUUGAUGAAGCAUUACGUUUGCUUUUAGGCUGUUUUCGAACACCGGUAAGUUCGUUUGUCUGUAAGGAUGUCUUGGUUUCACAUGUUAAUGUCUGUGUGGUAUUUGUUUUGUGAAUAUGAAAGGUUAUGAAGAAUUAGUGCUCAUAUGUAUACUUUACUGGGAUGUCCAAAACGAACACCUUUUUAUUCACUGAAUAUUGUGGUGUAUUUACAACUUAUGAACUACUGGACUAUUAUAUGAUACCGUCUUUUGUUCUAAACUCUACGAUGACUGAAAUACGAAGGUAGAAAACAGGUAGGUCGCAGAUAUAGUCUAUACCACAGUUAAUUAUGAGCUGAACUGUAGGGUCAUGAUUCUCAGUCACACAAAUGUGCGCCGUGGAGGCUUCAGUUGGUGUAACAGCGUUACCAUGAGCUACUUAGUUUAUAACUGCAUUACUAACUUCUUAUUUGAGAUACACUGCAGACUCAUAAUUCCUUUGUACAGAACGUGUUGUCGUCGACUCAUUGAGUGUGUAUACUUUUUGAGGACUUCAGAAAGAUCUUCUGAGGAACUAAAUUUCACGGCAAUGGGUUUCUCUGCGCUCACUGGGCUUGUAUCUACUUUGGAGAGAACCAGUCCUCUUUGUUUGAUCAAGCAACACCACUUUUCGAAGUCAAAAUGCUAUCAGAAACCUUUUGUACAUUCAUGCAGUAAGUAGUGAACCAUAUCUGUUAUGUAAAUGCUAAUGAUACUACCCAAACCCCUGUAGGUGAGGUGAUGUUCAGACCUGUGAGCCCCCUGUUGAAAGUCAACUGACUAAACCAACGAGCCACAGCUCUCCCUAAAUUGGCUGUGCAUUUGUGCGAUUAGUUAGUACUGUUUACUUUAAAUUUUUCGUAAUGCAUACAAAUAAGGUUAUUAUUCAUAAUUCCUCAACGGUUUAUGUGUAGAAAUUGAGCUCAUACACAGAUUUUAUAUUGCAAUAAGUCAUGUCAUACAUAGCACCGCUUUCAAUAAAACUGACAGUUAAGUCAUUAGAACUGGUUUUAUUGUUGUGAUUAUUAGAUCACUGAUAAAAUUAUUAUAGGUUUCACAAGAAGCUACGUUACAUCGUAACCGACUGCAGAAUUUAUGAUGGCCUUAGAAAUGUUUGGGUUUUUGUGUGUAAAUCAACUACUUACUUAUGAGUAGGUAAAUAACUUGAAACACAUUUUUAUGUAUUUAGGGUGAAUCACAAAAAAUAGUCCAUCUGCUGAAUGAAUUUCAAGCGGCUUAUGUGGAGCAGAAUUCAACUCGCGUGAAGGCACAAUUUCGUAGUUCAGACACCGUAAUGAUAUUGGCUUAUGCUAUUGUGAUGUUGCACACAGAUAUGUACAGUCCAAAUGUUCGACCACAAUCGAAAAUGACGCAAGAGGAGUUUGUUCGAAAUUUACGAGGUGUAGAUUCUGGUGAAGAUUUAGAUCGGGAUUUACUGUUUGGCAUUUAUGAACGAAUCAAGUCGAAAGAAAUGUCUGUCCUAUCGGAUCAUACCGAUCAAGUUCGUAAAAUACAACAACAUUUAACUGGUCCACUGAAACCGCUAAAUCUCUCAGUAGCUCAAAGAAGAUUAGUUUGUUAUUGUCGACUCUAUGAGGUUCCGGAUAAAAACAAACGAGAACGAUCUGGUGCACAUCAGCGUGAAUUAUUCCUAUUCAACGAUCUCUUACUUAUUACUAAGGCAGUACAGAAACGAAGAAAAGACGCAACUAUCGCAUAUCAAGUACGUAUGACUGUCCAACUUUUAGGAGUUAAGCUGGUGCCAUUUGAAACUGUUCAUCAUCCUAAUGGACUAGAAUUAUUGUUAUUAGUUGGACAAAGUCAUCAAAUGGAUUCUCAAAAGGAUGCCAACAUCAAUAAUAUUGUUGAAACACCUAAUGGUCGGGCACGUAUUCUAGUCACAUUGAACACAAAGACUAGUUCAGAUCGUGCACGACUAAUGGAAGAUUUACAGGAAUGUAUACUGGAGGUUACAGAGAUGGAGCGUUUACGAAUGGAAGAUGUUUCAAAACAGAAGAGUACAUAUACACAAAAUCAUUGCGCAAGUCAUAAAAUGCGAACAGAUGUGAUAGAAUUUACAAAAUCCGGUCCAGUGAUGCUAGACAAGUCAAGUUUGUCGUUUGAUUCAAAUACCAGUGUUACUACUAACAUUAACAAAUCAGUCAAUCACAAAUAUGAUCAUGAUGAUGGUAGUAGUGGUAAUGCUUUACAAAUGUGUGCACCAAUAACCUGUCUGACAAAUACAACAGAGUUGAGGAAUACAGAGCAAACAAAGCAUAUACAACAUCAUUGUCAUAGAUACAAAUCUUCAGAUGGUCAAAGGUUAAGCGGCGACAGUGGAUUGAUGGCUGAUUUAGAUACUCCAGCUUCAUAGUUCUCUUCUUCACUCACUCCUAUCGGUGACUAACAGUUCUUUCCUGCUGUUUUAAUCUAGACCACUUUCUUUUGGCUACUGAACUCAAUUAUUUCAAUGUAAAGCUCAUAUAGGAGUGUUUUGAUUUUUUGUUGAUCGUUUUCCUUCCGUACUUCUAACUGAUUUUGUGCAUACAAGACGUAUACUGACCUUGAAAGGUGUCUGUCUACUUGUCAAUGUGAAUCGACAAUUUAUCUUCUUGAUCUGUGAUAUUAUUUUACACAUAUUGACCAAGUAAUUCUUUUUAAUCCAAUUUAGGCUGAUCACUGAAGCAGCUAAUGUUCUUAUAUCGUCAGUAAAGGCUUUUGUUUU